AUGGAUGAGGUGGGGGAGGGGACGGGGGCGGAGCCAAGGCCGAGCCCGGAGGGGGCGGAGCUCCCGGUGUUGCCUGGCGUCGUUGGCGCUUCUGGUGCAGUCCGGGCUCGGAUCCGUCGCUCGCUUGCUGUCGCCGCCGCCGCCGCCUGGGCAGCCUCUGUCUCCCGUCCGUCACCGAAGGGAGCGAUGGGCCCGGCGCUGCUGCUCGCGCUGCUCUCGGGCCUCGGAGCCGCCAAGCCUCUUUCUGCCCCAGGGAGUUCUCGUGGAGGAGGGCUAACCCACAGCUUAUCUGGGGGGACCCGGCGGGUUCGUCGUGAGCUUCAAGGAACACCCUAUGAAGCUGUGGAGACGUUGGCUAAUGAAGUGUACUAUCCUGAGUUGGUUCGGCUGGCUGCACUGGAGAGAGCCUUGUCGUCCCCUGGUGGUCAGUUGCAGGAAGAGCACCUCGCCCAAGCCUUGGAGAGAGCUAUGGCUUCCCCCAAUAACCAGCUCCAGGACGACCGCUUAGCACAAGCACUAGACAGGGCGGUGGCUCCACCAAGCAACCAGUUCCACCCAGAUGAACGCCUGGCACUGGCUCUGCAGCGCCUCCUUCAGGAUGGGCAUCGCCGGGACCAGGAAUCUGUCUAUUUGGCAAACCUUUUAAGGCUUUGGGACGAAGCUAAGGGUGCCCCACUGUACCCGGAAUACGACGAGACUGGCUUAGCAGGUGGCUCUUCUCCACCCAGAUCUCUGCCAAAUCGAUACUGGGUUCCUGAAGGAGGUUUUGAACCCCAAGAAGAGCUAGGCGGAGAAGAGGAACCCGCCGGAGAAAUGGACCCUGAAAUGUUGAGGUACCUGGUUGGUAGGAUCCUGUCAGGGGUGGGCAACUCAGACCCCCAACGACUCCCAGUGCCCCCCAGACGACUCCGGCGCGCCAUCUUUGCUGGAGACCUCCCUGAGCCCCCCAACCUGCUACGCGUCAAGCGCCUAGGUGGGGAGGCUGUAGGGGAGACCCAGCUGCAACGAGUCAAGCGGACAGAAGGAGAAGGGGCUGGAGGGCGGAGGGGUGCGACUGGGGGGACCCAGAGACUCCGUUAUGUCUCUGAAUAGCAGGAAUUUGUCUCCACAGGAAAAAAAAAUUGGGGAGCCCUCUCACCACUGCCCCCCUACCAGUCUCUGAAUGUCAAUGGACUGUAAGCAACACAUAGUGUUUUUUUCUUGCCUCUGUUCUGCCUUGUGACCCUAAAAUACUGGGAAGGAAGGGCAGUCGCCUUGGGCUAGGGUCCCCACCCCAGUUCUAUUGCCGUCAUAGGGAAGGGAGCAGGAGUUUCUGUCAGAAGGCUCCAGGAUAGCUGAACGAACACCUUUUAAAGGUGAGCAGCCCUCCCUGUUCUGAACCCAGAGCUGGGCUCUACCAUGCUCUGUUUAAAUUUCCUAUCACCCUUGCUUUUUCAGUGUGAUUCAGAUAAACUCCCAGUCUCUCUCCACUCCAAAUCUUCCUUCUGCCUUAAUAUCCCCAUUAUGUUAACCCUGUCUUUUACCGCUCCCCCUAAGUUUCCACUUGCUUGUUUUCGUCUGGUUUGUAAGACCCCUUUGUGUUCAGUACACACCAGUACAUAUGCACCCCUGCUGAUUUGUCGCCAUGUUUGAUCAUGCUUGUGGCCAGAGUUUUGGUGUUGAUGAAUAAAAAAAAAUUUAAAAAUCCCUUCAGGUA